AUGGGGUGGGCGAUUGGGUUGACGGCGGCAAGCGGUGUGAUGGCGGUGGAGGUGUGCACACCACUGCUGCUGCUGUGCUGGCUCUGCUGCUGGCCCGACGACGGCUCUGAAUCGUCCAGCUCAGGGCAUCCUCGCAAGCCUGUCUUAGUCAGUAAUGAAGGAUCGAGGCGGUCAUCAGGACUGCGCGCGCGCACCUUUGGAAGCAGCGCUGUGUCAUUGCACCUUCCCAGCACCUCCGGGUCCCCGAGCCUGGCUGCGCGGAGCCACGACGACCUAACUUUAGCCCGGGCCUCCGCACCAGAAGUGAUACGAGAGGUGCUCACGCGGCGCGACUGGGACCGCUCCGCGCGAGAACUCUUCAUCCCGCUGCGGCCCGACCCCGAGACCUUCUCCUCCCCCCACUCGCCGCGCAGUCCCGUCGCCCCACGCGCGACCCCUGAGGACCUAGGUCUUGACCCACCUUGCAAGAAACACCACACGAAUAUUAAGGGGCGUAAGGAACUGCGCGCGGCGCCUCCGGAGCGUGACGAGGAAAGCCCAUCAACUUUUUACAUCGGUGACAACGAAACUGAUAAAUUGGAAGGAAGACCGAUAUGCUCCGCGAAACAAGAAAAGCAGUGCAUGAACGAGUCGAUCCGCUGCAAGGAGCGGCCCUGGCGGCUGGCGGCGGCGGGCCCGGGGUUGCCCGGGCUAGCAGUGGAUGAGGUGGACGCUCUGGACGCGCUGGUCGCGGCUCCGAAUGCGUUGGACACCACACCGGACCCGCUGGACUCGCUGGACUCCACGCCGGACGCGCUGGACCGCUCGGGAGCUAUGCACCACGCACUAGACUCCCGCGCCGCAGCUGAUAUGGGCUACGCUCGGAUUGUGCCUCUCUCGCCAAUUUCUGUCGAUGUAGUAGGGUACGAGUACGAAGGGGGUGCGUACGGUGACGAGGCAGACCGGUUCACGCUGGUGCCCGCCACGCCCGUGGCACCUGGAGGGCCCGCGGCACGCGCCCGCCACGCCUCCGACGGGGACAUCCUGGGGCCCGCACCACGCCCCGAGUCUGGUGCCUUCUCUGAGAGCGACGUUGACUUGGAGCAGCGAUUGGUUCUGCAGGCUGAGGAACUCCAAAGACACGAGGAGUUUCGGGAACGGACGCCGCUGACGGCACCGUACUCUACACGCACCGACCGCCGCGAAACUGCAAUAUAAUGC